GUAAGGGGUUGCUGCAGCGAGAGAAACCAUGAAAUUGUUACUUAAACUGAGUAAAAGCUCUUAGAACAUAUUGGCUGUGCCUCAUUACAGUAAUGAACAAGGUCAGUCAGGUAUGUUUCAUUUGACAUUCAGUCCUUUGUGAGAAAUCAUUUUGAAUGGCAGUUUCCAUUCAAGAGCAUUUAUAAUGCGCAUCUUGAGGAUUGAUUCCACUCACAUCAGCGCGAACAUGUCGGGACAUGCCUGUGUGUCCCCGCGCGCUGCGCAAUGUAGCGCACCGGACAAAUGUGCAGUGCCAUUCAACAACUUCAACCACAAGCUAAACUGGACCGAAUUUACCCAAAGCCACAGGAGACGGUUAUUUUAAUGGGAGAGAGAACUAAUUGACUGCUGCGCUUUGCCCCUGCUGCAAUAUAUGGAAUGGAUUGCUCAAUAGACGAGUAUUAUCACAGUGGACAAUGUCACAAGUGCCCACAGUGUCCACCCGGCCAAGAACUGAAAGAGGACUGUGGUUAUGGUGUAGGAGUGUCGGCAGUGUGCGGCGUGUGUGAUGUUCGGUGGUUUAAGGAAGACUGGGGUUUUCACCCUUGCGCACUGUGCCAGAACUGCCGCAGACUCAACAGACACCAAAUCAAGCACUGCACGUACACAGACAACGCAGUCUGCGGAAACUGCCUCCCAGGUUUCUACAGCAAAAUGCGAUUGGACGGAUUAGAAGAUUUGGAAUGCCUUCCAUGUGGUCCCGCCCCUUUCAGAAACUUACAGUGUACCCGAGGAGAAGGGAUUGGUGUGGCAAAAGUCCAGACCACAGCACCUCCUAUCCAAAAUGCUGCUUCUAUAGUGACCGCUUGUGCAGCAACAGCUGUAUUAACAGCUGUACUGUUUGCCAUUGCGUGUGUCACCUACCAGACACGGUCUUCACUGAGGAAAACAUGUAAACGUUGUUUAUCACCGGUCAGCAAUGGUUACCACGACAGUGAUACAACCUCGGUUCCUAUGACAACCCUACACCCAAGGAUGCAGAACACAGAAGUGGACAGAUCAAGUCCUUGCCUGCCACUGAAGGACCCCUGCAUGCUUGAAGAUAUCACCACCACAGUGACCUCUGAUCUUGGCCUGCAUGGGUGUGAGGUUCUUCCUCAGGUCUGCACUGAUCCUGCAAAGGGAGUCAUCACGCAAGUAACAGAAACACCUGAUGUUUCUUCUUCAGACUCUGCCCUCUCCAACCAGCAUGCCGUUCUCACUCUGGUAGGAGGACAGUUUACAGUGAGGCCCUGCUGUGCCGUAGAGCAUCGGACAGCCUGGGGGCUUCAUGCUCCAGUAGAGUGCACUGAACUGGACCUUCAGCACCUCUCCAUCACCCCAGAGAUCCAGAUAUUUAGGCUUCAGACAUCAUAUCCAGAAAUAUCCCACAGUGUAUGGGCUCAGACUCCAGUCUGCCCUCAGGCCUGAUGCUGCGAGACCUGGAGAGGGAAAGAAGGGAAGGCGGAAAAGGACAUUUGUUAAUGUGAAGAGAGAUCACAGCUGCGAAUAUAUGAUCAUGGUAAUUAUAACAUACACUCUCAAUACAAACUUAUGUAAAACAUUUCACCAGUGAACGUCAUGUAGUGUGUUACAACCUGUAUGACUCAACUAAUGACAGUUAAUGUAGAUGUCUGAGGUUUCUGUGACAUGAGAAACAGGUACUUAGGCACAAAAGAGCAUUAGCAGGAGACAAAAAUUAUCUUCAUUUACCUAUUGUUUUGCUUCAGUUAUCAGAAGUCAGUCACACAUUUGAUAGUACAUUGAUUAAGUAUAUUAUUCUGUAAGUCCAUGUUAUGGAAGUAUUGUGACGUACAUCUGAAAUUAAUUAUGGAGAAAAGAAAAGUAGAGCAGGACUUGGUUUUAUCCAUUGAAAAGAGCAGCUUUAAUUUUUUUAUUAAAUGAAAAUAGAAUAGAUGGAACAACAUGAGGGUAAAUGAAAUAAAAAUGAAAAUGAUCAUUUUUGGGUGAAUUACACUACCGUUCAAAAGUUUGGGGUCAGUA